UUCGACGUCGUAUGGAACUUUCAUGGUCUCUUUCAGCAGUCGCUGGUGUUCUGUGGUCCACUUUACCAUAUUAUUGCAUAGAGUUGCAUGAUCAUCGCAAACAUCUUCCUCCAGCUGUUCAAUAUGUCGAACGACCUCGUGGAAGUUGAACAAUUCCUCCGAGACCUCUCCGUCAUUGGCUGAUCUUAACAUCGCGAGGUCAUCGUCAUCAUUCUCGUCAUCAUAAUCGGCUUCAUCCAAUGCACCACCGUAGGCACCACCUGAUGAACCGUGAAGGGACACACCACCACUUCCGUUAUAAGAGGAGUAGAGAACAUUUCCUGAAGGAUCUCCACGACCACCACCACCUGCUGCGCUCAUUCGACUUAUCUGUGGUCCACGAGUGGAGAAUUGACCUGCAAGGUAGUUGGCAUCACCUGUUCCCUGGCCUCCAUUUCCGGUUCCGCCGUUGAUAUUUGCUGGGCCCAGUUCUUUGACGCGAUCAGCGUAGCGCAGUGUAUUGAGGGUAUGUUCGCAGGAGGAAAUGCCAGGCGAGAUCAUUGCAAUCAUGCAGGUUCGUGAUCGAUCGCCAAUGAAGGAGUCACGCAGUACUUGGGUUAAUUUACUGGCUCUGAAGGGCCGGUGAGCACCCUUACGACCUAAAGCUCGAAUACACUCCUUAAGAGCGAGAAGGCUCUUGUUGAUCUCCGCACCCUCCAUACGCGUAAUCCGAUCGGAGGAGCUCGUGUCGGCACCCCGCUCAUUGCCUGCCAAAUCAAUGAGCGAGAAUUUGCCAAACAACUUGUUCGUGCCUCGGCGUUUGAGAAUUAGCUGAAAGACAGCGUGUGACCGACUUGAGUGCUGGUUUGCGGAGGUUAUUCCCGAUGUUCGACUAUCAGCUCCGUGUUUAAGAAGUCUGAGAACAUCUUCAACAGAAUGCACCGGUUCAUGACGAAGACCCACAACUUGUACCUGGUUCUUGCCAUCUUCCAGUACGCGCAGCUUCGUCUUCUUGUUGAGAAGAUCGAAAACCUUACCACUGUAGAUCUCAAAGAAGGCGGCAUCCACGCACAAAUCUUCAUGGCAGUAUUUGGUCACAUUCAAGUGGAAAACAUCCCGUGCUAA